AUGGGGGACUUUGCCUCCCCCGCUGCCGGACCCAACGGCAGUAUCUGCAUCAACAACAGCAUGAACCCGGUCACCGGGAGCGUGGUGCCCACCGGAGCAGUGGGCAUACCGAAGCACAGUACCGUGGUGGAGAGACUGAGGCAGCGGAUCGAGGGCUGCCGGAGACACCACGUCACCUGCGAGAACAGGUACCAGCAAGCCCACGCCGAGCAGCUGGAGCUCGAGCGGAGGGAGACGGUCAGUCUGUACCAACGGAGUCUGGAGCAGAGGGCCAAGAAGUCGGCCGGAGGUGGGAGCAAGCAGCCGCAGAUAAAGCAGCCGGACCCGGACUCUGCCUCCUCCACGGAACAGAGGAACAACACGCUUAUCGCGCUCCAGGAGACGGUGAAAAGGAAACUGGACAGUGCAAGGUCACCCCUCAAUGGAGACCAGAAUGGCAUUUGUGAUGGAGGCAGCUAUUCCCCAACAACCAAACGCUUACGGAAGGAGGGCUCUGGUGGUCUGGACUCACUAACAGGUCUUCCCAACAACAACAACAAUGUUCCGCCCAUAUCUCCGCUCCACCACCAAAUUGACGUGAAGCCGCUGAUCAGCGGGCCCAACACUUCCAGCGGAAACAGCACAAACAGCAAUGGUAACCACGUAGGCCGGCUAUCAGACGAGCUUGGGAAGAACGGCGGUGGCCAUCUUUCAGACAUGAAGAUGAACGGCUCCCUGGACUUGGAGGACAGCUUCGGCCUCCUCAAAGAUCUGAAACAGGAGCCGCUGGACGACGGCGGUGGAAUGGAGUCGUCCGAUCCUCAGUCUCUGUCCAAUCAGAACAAACUGUUUUCUGACAUUAACCUCAAUGACCAAGAGUGGCAAGAGCUGAUCGAUGAGUUGGCCAACACCGUACCUGAGGACGACAUGCACGACCUCUUCAACGAGGACUUUGAGGACAAGAAGGAGGCGGACUUUGGCAGGCCGGCAAACAAUCAGACCCCAGGGCCGCAGGAAGCAGUCAGUAACACCACAGCACCUGGAGGCGGGGCGGUACCACCGACAUCCCUUCCUCCUCUCACUCAAACCCCGCAGGCUGGCCCACAGGUGCCCAUGGGCUCGCCACAGGUCCGACCUUCAUCAUCAGGCCCGCAGUUCGCCACCACCGCCAACGGCACACCUCCUCAGCAACCUCUGCAGCAGUCCCCCGCCGUCGCCAUGGCGUCGGGGUCCCCGUUACACAACUGCGUGGCCCGAUCUCCUCAGACCCCGACUCAGGCUCAGACGCAAGCAGUUUCAAGGCCUGCCAACGGGUACAUGAUGAACCCGGGCGCUGGUGUAAGUCAGGCAGGCACCGGACAGACGGCGUCCGGAGUUGUCCCGGGUCAGCCGGUAGGCCCUGUGACGCCGGAACUUUCCCCUGCGGAGCAACUCAAAGCAAUGGCCGCUCAACAACGUGCCAAGUUGCUGCAGCAGAAGCAGCAACAGCAGCAAGCAGCCAACUGGUCUCCAGCGGGACCCCCGACCAGCCCUUACAACGCCGGGCCCUUUAACCAAGACAAACCCAACAGCCCGAUGAUGUAUCCACCACAAGCCUUUAACGCACCACAGCCCCCUCUAGUAGCUGGGAUGCCCCCCAACAAUGGACCUAAAGCUCCCAUGACCAACUACCUCCCUCACAACCACAUGGGCAUAAUGGGCCAGCAGCAGCAGACCCCGCUGUCCAAACAGCAGCAGCAGCAGCAAACGGCGGCCAUGUUGUCGUACAGCAACACCAAACCACUCAGUCACUUCAGCGGCGCCGAUCACAUCGGCCACAGGAUGACCCCGCCCAUGGGCGGCAACGGUCAGGUCAAGAACCCUAUGUUGCCUCCCUACAUGGCCGGGGGCGGCGGCGGGGGCCAGGGGGCCGGGCCGGGGCAAACCCAGGGGCCGAUCCCGGGCCAAACGGCCCAUCUGAGCGAGGAGCAGAAGCGAAUGUUGCUGAUGAAGCAGAAGGUGUUGAACCAGAACAUCCCCUACAGCAACAUGCAGCCUCACGGACAGGAGCAAGGCGUGGUGGGAAUGUCCCGGCCACCCGGCGCCAUCCCACCUCCACACCCCGCAGGUGGCGUGGCCUCAGGGGUGGGGCCCAACCAGGGCUCGGGUCCACCUCCGGGCUACGUGGGCAACCAGCAGCAAGCGGCCAUGAUGAAACAGAUGAUGGCGAUGGAGCAGGAGAAGAGGGUGCAGAUGCACAUGAUGGAACAGCAGAAGCAGCAGCUCUUCAGAGAGCAGAGGCAGCAGCAGCAGCAACUUCUGGCCGAGCAGCUUCAACAGCAGCAUCUUCCAAGACAGAUGAGCCAAGGCCAAAGGAACCCCUACCCUCAAGUCAGUCAGUAUCAAGGUCCUCCUCAAGAUCUGGCAUCCAGGAGCCAAGCUCUCCAGAACAUCAGGGCUGCGCGUCUUCUCCAACAGCAGCAGCAGAACCAGCAGCACAUGGUCCAGAUGAGUUCUGUCCAGGGCCAGGGGGGCUCUGUAGGACCUCAGUCUGACAUGGGCCUACCGUACAGCACCCCAGGGUCCAACCAGGGUUCCCUUUACGGCCUCAACCCUUCCAUGAGCCAGAUGAUCCACCAGCAGCAACACCAGAGUCAAAGUGUACAAGUGUCCCUCGGUCUUACACAGCAGCACAACCCAGUCGGAGGACAGGCCCGGCAGGCAGGGGCAGGUCCUGGCGUCGGAGGAAUGCCUGGGGGUCCUGGAGGGAGCGGCGCUGGAGGGUACGCGGGACAGGGAAUGUUGAUAAACCCCAUGGCUCAGCAAUCCCUCAAAGGCCCGACUAACGCCAAAGCCCAAGCACAAAGACUGCAAAGCAUGCUGGGAGGAGGAGCGGGUGGCGGAGGAAUGGCGGGUGGCGGCUGGCCACAGCAGCAAGGACAGAGUCUGCAGGGCAUGGGGGCAGGCGUUGUAAGGACUACAGGAGCUGGAGGGGACAUGAUCGGGUUUAGCUCAGGCCAGGGUUACGGCUUGCAGACGGGUCAGCCUCCACGCAUGGCCAAGCAACACUUUCAAGGGCCCGGCCAAGGAAUGGGGCAGGGGAUGGACCCCAGGGUGGGAAACCCGGCAGCGGUGAUGGGUGGCCCCAUUGGCACUCACAUGGGCGGACAGUCCAGGACCAACCAGUCUCGGCCCAUGGUCAUGAGCCAGGGAAUAAACCAAGGGGUUAUGGGCCCGGGGGUGACUGGAAUGGGGGGGUUCGGGCCAGGUCUCGGUGGGCCCGGGGGCGGAGGCGGACCUUACGGACCCGGGGGAGCAGGUGUAGGUAGUCAGACACAGGCCUACCAAAGGACAUCCAAUCAAGACAUGUCAUCCUAUGGAUAUGGGGGCGGGCCCUCCAGCGCAGGAGCCUUCGGAUUGGGCGAUGGAUCAGGGGCGGAGCUGGACUCAAGCGACGGUUGGAUGGAGGAGUUUUUCCCAAACCAAUAGCCAACGAGGAAACUUGAGACAAGUUUUUACUGGAUGAACUAAAACAAAAAACACUUUAGAUAAAAAUCUGAGACAAAAAGAAGUCAAUGUCGACUUAAGGCUGGCAUGUUUUGUUGAGUGAGGUUACAAAUGACGUGUGUGUGUGUGCAUGUGUGUGUGCGUGUGUGUGUGUGUGUGUGUGUGUGUGUGAGGGCUCAGAAAUCAUUUUAGUCUCAUGCAUAAUAAUGAAAAUCCAUUUAGAGAUUUAAAAGUGUUUUUGCUAGUUUCCUUUUUUCCCAUCGGAAAGAAUUACAGUGGAACCCGUUUAUGUCGACAACCCGUUU